AUGUUUCGCCUCGAAGAUACCGUCAAACUCUCUCAUCCCCUUCGAAGUCAAACGAGUAUGGAAGAUGAUAUGACAAUUGCAACCACCACACCUGGUUCGAGCUUUUCGUCGGCUGGUUCGACUCAGAGCGCCCCCUCAAGUAUCGAUGACGAGCCUGAUUACAUCCAGAAAACGGCCAAGGUUGCAAGAGAGAAUUCUGAAGUUCGCAAAGCGCCAUUGAAACAAUUGACGCCCGAAGAGACCAUCGAACUGACUCGACAAGCAGUCGAAAAUGGCAUUCAAGAGACGAAGCGAUCGUUAGCUGGAAGCGAGGCAGUCAGCGAUGUGGUGCGGCCGAAACUGACAAUCGAUCUUGGUCAUUCAUGUAUUUCACAAAUCCCCGAGGGUGUGGUCGAUAUAAUCAAGGAUGAAGUUGAAAGGCUUUCUCUGUCAAACAAUCAAUUACUCCAUAUACCAUAUCGUUUUGCAGAAUGCGCCCACCUUCGUUAUCUCAAUAUACGCGCAAACAACUUUCGCGAGUUUCCAAAAGGGAUAUACAAAUUACCAUUGCUCGAGAUCUUGGAUCUUAGUCGCAACAAGAUCAGCAGAAUCCCAGAUGAAGUGCGAAAGCUUACAUCACUACGUGUAUUUUCUAUCAUGCAGAACCGGUUAGAUGAUCUUCCAGCAGGACUUGCGGACAUGAACAAACUACAGAUCGUCAAGGUGUCAGGAAACUUUCUCAAAUAUCCUCUGCGGAGAGUCUUAGAGAACAAAGAGAGCGAAGUGGCCUCGUUGCCAAUGUCAACGAAUGAGAAGGAAGCGUUGGUUACAGCUGAGCUGAAACGGUUUCUUAAAUCUAGACGACAAAGCACAACGCCAGAGCCGGAAAGUGGUAGCGAAGCUAGUGAGCCCAUGCCUUCGAUUGACACACCGAAACCUGUGAAGCGUGGAGGCAACAGUCGCUUUCCCGUGAUACCCAGUACUAGUGAUGGUUCGUCAGAUCCUCGAUCGCCAAAUCUUUCUUCGAGACCCCCGCCUAUUCCUCUAAGAUCUCACCAGCGCUUGGCAUCGGGUCAGUCCCCUUUCCAGCCCGGCUUCUCAAGACCUGGGAUUGCACCUCUUCCUGGGGCCAAUGAGCGGAAUCGUAGCAACAGUGAAGGAAUUAUACCGCUCUCGGCGCGCAACAAGCGGAUGGGUCUUAUUUCUAGAAAGACAGAUCUCGCCACCUUAGAUGAGAUGCGACCAUACCGAAAUAGCCACUUGCGAGGUCUCAGUCAUGGCUCUCUUCUACGGACUAACUCAUCCAGCGGACGAAAUGGCAGCGCUUCUUCCAGUCCCGGGAGUCCUCGUGGCGAACGCAGGCGAGCACGUGAUGGGCCCUCUCGACGUAUGUCGAGCUUGCCCGAACACAAGGAAGAAACGGCACUCACUCCAAUCGUGCAAGGUGCUAAAGGGAUCUUGUUUUCUUUGUUCCAGAUUCAUUCUCAUAUGUCUACUCUGAUUAAUGUGAUCAAAGGAGACGAUGCGCGACGGCACAGCUUGGAGAUUGUGUUCUAUAAUGCUUCAACGCAUGUGGAGCAGCUAAAUGAAGCUCUGGAAACUGUUGUUGAAAUGGACCCGGAUAAUAGAGAUUUUGCAAGAGUCUCGAGCGACGUCAAGCGUGAAUGCGUGACUUGUUUGAUGGCAUAUACGCACGUGGGAUCUCAGCUCCGCCAGGGCACUCGAAGGAUAGUUGAGCAAGGCGACCCCCGGUAUGUUCGCUCACUCAUGCUUGUGAUAUAUGGCAGUCUUCUGGAGUUGCGCAAUGCGUGUAUAAGUCUUGGGGUAUCGUCGCUAGCCACCCGAAAAGGUCAUGAUACUUUACGCAACAAGUCCACCGAUCUUGGAGCGGAACAAGUACAAAUUCUGUCUGAUGGUUUGCCGGCAGUCGCAGUGACUCCGACAAGGGAGCCUACCCAGCCAACGCGCCGACUCAGAAGUGACACUACGAUUCAACAUCCCCAAAAUGGACUUGGAGCCUCAAUACCUAGUGCAGCGUUUCAUACUUCGACUGCCUCUCCCGGUGCAACCACCCCGAGCUCCACGACGAUGAUGUUUGGAAGUCGCAGUCGAUCCAACAGUCGGGCCACUACAGCUUUAAGUUCGACCGCUGCAUCGUCUCUAGCAACCCCUCGUUCUGGCGAAUCGUUCCCACCUAUUCCCACAAUGCAAGGAACAAGAAUCAACCCAGUGACAGGACUAGACGAGUUUGUUGAAGAGCAGAUAUUCGAAAAGAUAUUUAAACAACUCACAGCAGCGUACAAUGCGGCUCUUCAUGCUUUACCUUCUGCCAGUCAUCAGUUCUCCCGUUGCCUUGAAAUUGCAGAGACGACCAGAGAACCGGAAGAAAUUCGUAUAAUGUGGAACAAUCUCAUCCGUCGAUGCAAUGCCUGCUUUGAGAGUUCAGAAGCCCUAGGACAAAAGCUGCUGACAAUGAAAGUCAAGGAACCCGGUGGUGGAGCCAGAAACCAGAAGGACUUUUGGCAAUUGUGCAAGGUUUUCAUGCAGUCAUUUGUCGAUUUGGUAACGGAUAUGCGCGAAGUGAGAAACAUGCAACUUCUCCCACCAGACAUAGUCACGAUUCUUCGACCAGUCCAAAAGGCCAGCAGAGAAGCAGGACGGUUGAUCGAAACAUCUCCUUGGUCAUACUUUGCAGAUGUMCCUGCCGCUCCACAUAUUCCUUAUGUCUAUGGACCUCCGCUGCAGACCAGCCAACACCAUCCAUCUUCUUCCGCACCUGCGCCGUAUCUCAGUUCGAGUGGAAGACUACCCGGCGCAUCGCCGCAGUCGUCGGCCAUCCCUGCGACGCCCCUUAGUGCAGCGUUAGGACCUGCCGUUCAAGCGACCAUACCGUCAACCCCGGCGAGUGCUUAUAGCGACCGGUUCUUUGCUGGGGAUGUCUUUCAGCGAGCUGAUACGUUAUUGUCAAUGCAGAAUCAGGCUCCGUAUCUCUAUCGGAGGUGA